UUUAUUAUUAGCGACUUGGUAACUGUGGGUGGAUAACACUACAGUCUGGCGUCCCCUGUAUACCUGCCCUCAUUUACUUCCCUUCAACAUGCCUAGGAACGAGAAAAUUGGGAUUGUGGGCAGUGGCUUCAUUGGUCGCAGCUGGGCCAUGCUCUUUGCCGGUGUUGGAUAUGAGGUCUGCAUUUAUGACAUCAAAGCAGAACAGGUGUCGGCAGCACUGGACGACAUUCUGCACCAGCUGAAGAACCUACACAAGUCAGGACUACUGCGGGGCAAAUUAUCAGUGGAGGAACAACACAAGUGCAUCAAAGGUGCUACCAGUUUGAAGGAGUGUGUGUCAGGAGCUGUAUUCAUACAGGAAGCUGUGUUUGAGGACCUGGAACUGAAGAAGAAGGUGUUCCACCAAAUUGAUGAACUGGUAGACUCCAACACCAUCAUCUCAUCCUCUACGUCCUGCAUUGUGCCGUCAAAGUUGUCAUCAGACUUGACAAACAAGACAAACUUCAUUGUAUCUCAUCCUGUGAACCCUCCAUACUAUGUGCCUAUGGUAGAAGUGGUCCCUGCUCCAUGGACCUCCGGAUGGUUUUGA